AUUCACUUUGCUUCCACAUCACAUCCGCUGAGCAAGAGUGUUGUUUAACAUCCUGAACUAGUAGCUGACGGUAACACAUAUUGCCUUCCUCGGCACCUGCACCAAUGACAUCAGGUGUACCGAAGGGUGAGAACUGUCUUGUAGACAUGGACUCCAAGGCAGGUGAUCUCUUCACCGCUGAGACAGCCAACGUUACAGGAGGUGGAGGUGUCAUGGGAAAACUGUGGCUGCCCAAAGGCCUCUCGGCCAACAUGGCCAAGGAGUGGUUUGAUCGACGGCGGGCCUCCAUCCGUCCCUGGGCCGGCUUCGUGGACCACAGGAAGUUCACCAAGCCCCGCAACUUUGGCGAACUGUGCCAGCGGGUUGUCCGCAAUUUGGACACCUACAACAGCAACUACACCUUCAUCUUCAUGGGUCUCAUCCUUUACUGCAUUAUCAGCUCACCAAUGUUGCUGAUUGCCCUGGCCGUAUUUGUUGGUGCCUUCUACAUCAUCCACCUCAAGUCUCUGGAGUCUAAAAUAGUCCUUUUUGGUAAAGAGGUGACGGGACAUCACCAAAUGGGUCUGGCAGGAAUGGUCUCGUUCCCAGUGUUCUGGUUAGCUGGUGCAGGCGCCGCAGUGUUCUGGGUCCUGGGUGCGACAUUGUUUGUGAUUGGCUCCCACGCUGCCUUCCGAGAACUGGAGGGAGGAUCGGAAAUGGAGGAGCUCUUCAUGGAGCCUGUGUGAACCUUCAAACCUUAUAUUUGACCUUUCCUAAUGCACCUACAAUGCACCUGGUCUUUCCUCUGAACUCAUUUUCUGUUACUGGCCCUCUACAACUCUGUAAGACCACAAUAAUACUCAAUUGCAAUGAACAUAUGGAUUGAUUGCCAUGAGCAUCACAUGUCUGUAUGACUGUGGGGAAAAGUGCCAUUUUCAGCUUUACAAUGUGCUAUAUUUAACUCACAUGUAAAUAAUUUUGUUAGACAGAUUGCGUUCAAUUUGAAGCAGUGCUCAUUUGUUAUUGCAGAUACCUAAUGCUGUUUAAGCUUUACAUUUAAUUUGUACACGUUUUUGUACAUCCUGUCCGCUUUCAGUAACUGGUAACAUUUGGGUGUUUUUAUCAAUUUAUCAGCUCUGCUUAUGGCUUUGACAUUUAAAGAAGGUAAUUAAAAAAUGUGUUUCCUACU